CUUCUGGAAGUAGCGCAAAUUCCUGUUUGGUUUGCGAAUUCGUUUUUACUUUUUAGAUAAAGUGGAAAACGGAAUUCGAAAACUUAGGCAGUUCGGUUUUCUUUUGAGACAGGUUUUCAGGUUUGGUUCCGGCAUCCGGUUGGCUCUGCGGAAGCUGUAAAGCUGUACCUUAAUAGCAAUUGACAGGAUAAAUGUUUAAAAAGAUAAACCAUUUAAAUUCUUCAAUAUGAUUAAGUAAUGCUAAUAUUUUACAAAUAAAUUGAAAAAUUAUAAAACGCUUAAAAUACGAAGUAAGCUUGAUGGCGGCCACGGCAUGGGCCUCCGUUUCUAUUUAGCUCUCUAGCCGCGGAUCAUCCGUUGAACCGUACGCACAUUUUCCCUUUUGAUUGAUGUCAUUGAUUCGGAUAGGAUUGGUCGGAGAAGGGAAGUGAAAGCAUCGAAUCAGCCAGCAGCUGUGGCAGUAUACUGAGAUCCGGAUAAUUUGCCCUUCGACUAUUAAAUUUUUUUAAACUGCUGAUCAUGUCUAGAACAAAAACGCAGAUUCUUUUCCGUAUAGUUCAGGUUCGUCUCAAAUAAAAAUGCUCGACUUCAGCGCGGCUGUGGUAUGUAUAAGUGAUACGACGCCAGGGGUGCGCUGCAUGAUCUGAGCCAGCACGAACCACCGAUCGGAGGCUACGGGAACCGGGUGGACUGCCUGUCGCCGGCCGAGCAACGGGCGGAGCAGUUGUGCGAGGAGGAACGGUACCACAGUCUGUACGCGAAUGAAGUCGAGGAGGAAAUCUAUCAGGAGGAGGCUGCCAAACGACAGGCCGCCAGUGGAGCCGAAAUCGGUUUUGAUUACGAUGCAGCUGCAUCGGUGGAUGGCGCCGCCAUGGUCGGUCCGGCUCCUGCCGAUCCAUUAAUAAGUGCCGACAGCGUCGAAGACGAGAACAGCCUAGAUCCUCCGUUCGUUGCUCCGGCCAAUUUCGAGAUUCCGUCGGAUCUCGUCGAACUGCCAGAAACAAUGAAAGAGCAUGCCAUCGUCGAAAAGACCGCUAAGUUUAUCGCUUCCCAGGACUCGCAGAUGGAAAUUUUGCUGCGAGCGAAACAAGCUGCCAAUCCACAGUUCGACUUCCUGAACCCUGGCGGGCGAUUGUAUCGCUACUACCGUCACGUACUGAUGGCCAUCAAAACAAAUCGAUAUCCGGAAGAGGUUCCCGAGGAAGAAGCCAACCCAGCAGCAGACGAGACAGCGGAAGAAGUUCCGGCAGAAGUUAGUCCUGUAAAACCAAAACUGAUAAUUCCUACCAUCAAGUACAAACCAUCGGUGGAUUGCGCCUACACGCAGUUGAUCAGUAAAAUUACCGGCGCUCCGAUUCCCACUAAAGCUGACGACUCGGAAUCGGACCAGCAGAAGUGUUCGCCGGAACCGACCGAUCCAACACAGCUGACCGCGCUUAGCAGUGAGUUCGAGUAUCGGCUCGAGGAGAAAAGCGCUGAGGUGGCGAAGGUCUCGGCUGGUUUGGCUGGUCUAGUGCAAUACGAUUCCGACAGCGAAGACAGUGCAAGUGAAGCGGAAACAAAGAACGCCACCGAGCCGGAACAGUCGGUUCCGCGGAAGGAGAUAGUUUUCAGCGGGUUGCUUCCACCGGAAAUUUUCCAGCACGUGAUCGAAAAAACGGCCACGUAUGUGGCCAAGAAUGGCUACAGCUUUGAGGACGCUUUGCGAACGAAAAACGAUCCUCGCUUUCUGUUCCUACGAAAGGAGCAUGAAUUCUAUCCGUAUUAUGCUUUCCGCGUGCGCUAUCUUAUCAACCCGUACGAAGAGGUUCGUCCGAAAAGUCCCGAACCGGUGACAAUCACUCGGGAAAUCGAGAAUGGCACCGUGAUAGAAACACCCAGCAUUGGGAUCAAAACGGUCAAUACAGCACCGCAGCCCGUACCACCUCCGCAAACCCAAAUCCAAGCCACUAAGCCGGGCGGAGCGGUGUGCUUUUCGAUCAAAAGCAACAAAGACGAUGCUAGCAAAGGUGCCAAAGCCAACGUCGUUCAGGAAUUGGGUGGUGACGAGGAAGAAACAGACGAACCGGCGGCGACAGAAAAGGAAAAAAGUAAAUCCCCCGUUCCCGAGGGGGAAGUUUCCACUGAACCGUUUGAUAAGUUAGAACAAAUUCUGGAUAAAACCGAAGAACAGCACAGCCAAACUCCUCCGCCAGUUUCGAUAAAUAAUUCGCCCCAGGAAGUUCCCAUCAGUCGCACACCGCCACUGGAAGACGUCCCACAACCCGCGCCGACGGCCGUCGACGUCGACAGCGUCGUUAAAGACCAAAAGCGUAUGGAAGACCGCAUCAAGGACAAGCUGGCGGUGGCAGCCCGCGAGCGGUUGGCAAUGAUCUCGAAGGAAAAGCAACUGCAGCUCGAGCGAAAGCGGAAAGCGAACGCUUUCCUCAGCAUGCUGCAGAAACCUCCCGAUCAGCAGCAACCAGCAGCGGGGACGCCGGAACCGGAACCAGAGCCAGAACCGGAACCCGUUGCCCACUCCGAGUGGUCCCCUCCGUCGACACCGACGCUCCGGUCUCUCGUGCCGGCAAAAAAUGGUCUCGAACUGCUGCAGAACCAAUUCGAGGAACACGAAACCGAACACGAUGAUGACACGUCCGACCUGUCGGUUCAUUCAAUUCCGUCGCAAAGCUCGAGCCCCGGUUCGAAUCGAGUGCCAUCCAGUGCGGACGAUGAUGUGGUUCUGGUGGAAAACGACGACGACGAAGACGCCCGUGGGCGUCCAUCGCGAUCACGAACCCGCUCGCGCUCCGGUUCCAACAGCAAGCUAAAGCACCGCAAAAAACACAAAAGCAACAAAAGCAGCAAGAGCAAAAAAUCAAAAAAGAAAAAAUCCCGCAGCCGAAGUCCGACUCCCGUUCGGAGCAGAAGCAGCAAAACCAAAGCGUCGAAGCGAAAGCGCAGCCGCAGUCGAACCCCGUCGGCUAGUCCACAGCGAUCAUCGCGCAGCAGGUCCCGCUCGGAGCGGGACGCCAAGAAGAAGAAAAAAAACAAAAAGAAGAGUCACAAGACCCACAAAUCUUCCCGGUCAUCUUCGUCGUCCCGGCAUCAUCACCAUCACCACAAGGAGCGAAGGUAGGAAGCUGUGAGACGGACGGUGGCUGCUUUAUUACUUUAAUAGCCGUACGUACGGGAUUGUUGUAAAUGUGUAUUUCCGAGUAGUUUUGUUUAAAUAAUAUUAGCAGCGAAUGACGACACACGGA